AUGUUUGGCUUUGUGGCGGACAUACUCACGUACGAGACAGCUUCUCAUCUCUUUUCAUCCAACACCACUAACACUCCGCUCACAGCUNCGGUGACCUCGAUCCUCUUCCCCAUCUUCGCUUCGUACAAGGCGCUGCGCAGCUCAGACCUAGCACAGCUGGCACCAUGGCUCAUGUACUGGACCACUCUCUCACUCGCUCUCGCCGCCGAGUCUUUCCUCUACCCCAUUCUCAGCUGGGUGCCUUUCUACUCUUGGAUCCGUCUCGGCGCUCACCUCUACCUCGUGCUCCCCGGCCAGCAAGGUAGCGUCUUUGUCUACCAAACCUACAUCCACCCCUUCCUUUACGAGCACGAGCGCGAAAUCGACCGCUUCAUCACAAACAGCCAUGAAAAAGCAAAAGCAGCCGGUCUGCAAUACCUCAAGCAGGGCAUCGAGUGGGUCAAGGUUAACCUUCUUGGUAUGCAACCUCGUCGUCCUACUCCUCCCGCUAGCAGACAGGUCAGCUACAGCCAAGCUCUUUACAACCGCUUCGUCAUGCCUUCUGCUCGUCCCGAAGGAUACGGCGGUCCUGGAUCUUCACAAUCUGCUCCUGGUGCCAACGACCUGUUCUCCAUGCUCGGCAAUGUGAUGGCUCAAGCUGCAGGUCCUGGCGGUGCCGGUCGUUCCCGUGACGCGCAAGCUCAAGAUCUCAGUGCCAGCGGCAACCUCGUACCUCCACACAUGUCAGGCGCAGAACGCAGUGCCUACAUCUCUACACAANAGGACCGUCUACGCACUCUUCUCCAGGCUUUCGAUAAUGAAGCCUCUCGCGAGCACACUCCAGUCUCAUCUCCACCCUACCCUACCAACGACGGUCCCGGUCCAAACCUUCAAGACUACCUGAGACCUGCUGCUGAGGGCUUGCUCAACAGAAGCAGAAGCGAGACCGAAUUUGAGGAUCUGGGCUACGAACAUGUGCCUACAGGAAGCAACAAGCCCAGCCCCAGACUUCCAGAGAGAAGCGGCAGUUGGAGCAAAUGGGUCUGGGGCAACUACGGCGAGAAAGAUUCUGCUGCCGGACAGAAGAAGAACGACUGA